GGAACUACCAACACGAUACGACUACAAGCACCUUCUCAUCAUUUCCACAGUACUUCAUAUGAAAGGAAUUGUUCAGCAGAGGAGACACAGUAUCCAACGAACAUGUCUAUCAACAUCGAAUACACCUUCCAAGUGGAAUCCAUCGAAGACCUGCAGAAUUCUGUUGAGAUAUCCGAUGAAGAUGAACACACCCAUGAAAACGAGGAUACAAAAUACAAUCCCUUCCUUGAGUGGGCGGUUUCAUGGUCAUACUACGUCGAAGAGAUGUUGGCCGAAAAAGAGCGUGAUCUUAUAUUAUGUAAUGAAAAUUCCAGCGGGGACUGUGAUGUCAGCUUCGCUGAAUUUGAUUGGGACACCACUCAUAGCUGGGAAGACUUCUGGCCUCAGUCAGAUUAUCCAUGUGAGAUACAGCCUGUGGUUUCACUUGCUGAAGAAUAUGAAACACGAAUGGCUGCGUUGGAUCAGAAGGCUGAGGAAGCUCUGAACACGGAUGCAAAACGAAGCCCGGAUGCGCCCACUUCAGUAAUUCUCAUCGAUACGCUCGAAAAUUUGGACAGAUACCUACCAGUCCUGUCUCGACUCAAGGAUGGAGUUGAGCUUGCAUUUGAUUGCGAAGGUACGCCGGAAGAGGACGAGAAGGGGAAGCCUAUCCCAGGCAGUGGCUUUGGUCGUACCGGAGACAUCUCAUUCCUGCCGAUGAGCGUCAUCUCGAUCGAUAUAGAUAUAACCUACGUGUUCGAUGUCUGGCAGCUCAAGACAACUACUUUCGAGUGUCAAAGUGACGAUGGGCUGUCUCUUAAACAGAUUUUAGAAUUAAAUGACAGAAUUCAGCUCUGGUGGGAUGUUCGUAGCGAUUGGGAUACACUGUUCCACAAAUUUGGAAUUCAAGUCGGGAAGGUUCGUGAUGUGAAGUUAAAGGAGCUUUUAUCUCGCUUCAGCCGACAGUCGAACAUCUUUGGCUUACACAGGGUCAGGAGAGAUGAAGGCCGCUAUAUCAUGAGCCCACAUAAGCUGAAUACCUGGCCGAGGAAGAAAACAGCUGGAGGAGCAUACUCCAAGCGACAUGGCUGGCGACCAGUUACAACCAGACCAUUGACCAGAACUGCAAGGAACUAUAUUGCAGGAGACACCGAGUGCCUCUUCGGCUUGCAUAAGCGACUAUAUGAUAAUUUGGAAAAUUGGCUCGAUAUGACGCAAGGAAAAACUGUCAGAGGUCUAAUGGAUGUCAUUGGGAAGUCUUCCACGCUGCUAGCAACUUUGGAGGAUUUGAUGCAAUUCAUUGAUCAGCAAUCAAUGAUUCGAGCUCAAUAUGCAAUAUCCCAGGGGUUUGAUUCAAGAUCUCGUGAUGAAAAGGCAGAUGCGCCUGCAGCAUUUCUCCGGAUAAACGAUCUUUGGGAGGAAAACCAGGAUAGAAUGUUGAAAAGAUAUGAGGAGUACCAAAAAUUGUUCCCAAAUCGACGGUUUAUGGCGGGAGACUCUUCAAAGAGGUUUCAAAUUCAUUUCACAAGCCGCGGCUCUGGUGAUUAAGGGGUAUUAGUAUUAAUUGGCUUGCUGAGUGAAUUUUAAGAGCCUAGCGAUGAAAGCAUUGCUAGGGGUUUUGUGUAAAAGUUACGAUUGGGCGUAAAGGGGAUUUCUUUUUAUACUAAAUAAAUCAUCAAAUCAUA